AUGGGACAUCUUAUUACAUGCGCAUAUGACAUGGUAUGCAUUGAUUUGACACGAUAUGGUUUUUCGGAAACCUUUUUUCCGCUCCACACCGCACCUCCUACAAAUUUUGAUGGUCGUAUUAUGUGUGUUGGAUGGCUCGCAAAAUCAAAAUAUUUUGUGCAAGUUUACUUGAAACCGGGAUGCCCCAUAUCACCUACGUCACUGGAAUGGGCACUUCAUCAUACUGAGAUUGUCGAUACGUGGCCAGGUCGUUUUGUGGAUAUGAUCCACAUUUUCGAAAGGUUGAACAACAUCGAAAAGGAAUCAAAUGCAGAAAAGUCAAGAUUAGAACCUCCAAUAGAUUUAGCCGGCGACAGUUCUUUUGAUGUUUUUAUCUAG